AUGAAGAUCACCACUCCCCUCACAAGUCUCCUCCUCAGUUUCGCAAGCUACACGACCAUCAAUGCUCAAACAGCAGCCGACACAAUAAAUUCAUGUCAAAACCAGAAUGUCAACAAUUUCAUCUUCGCAAGCUACGACGGCGACCUCGCAGCAACCUACGCAUAUUCCCUUUGUUUCCCAUUCGAAAUCUUCGGAAAUGCGCUCGAUUCCGCUCUUUUCUGUCGCGAUGCACAUUGUUCUUUUUAUAGCGACGAUGACUGUACAACACCCUCGGCUUUCUCAAUUACUCCUAUUCCUUUCAUUCAAAACCAAGGUCUUCCUACCAAGGUAACUGCGAGCUUGGGGUGGAAGAGCGCAAAAUGUGGAAGUAGUUUGGUGGGGUUUACUUUGGGUCAGUAA